AGACAAUGAAAUGAGGAUUAUAGUCAACAUUAUUAAUAAUAAUAGUAGACAUAGUAAUAGGAUCAUUCAUAUUCAUCAACUGGAAUUAUAUUCAUGAUAAUCAUGGAUACUUUAUUUACUAUUUAUAUUGUUGUAUUCACAUUAUUAAACAAUCUGUGCACAAACUAUGAAUUGAAUAUUGAACCAGUUAAAACAAUUAUUGAAGACACUUAUGUUUCUGGCUGGAUGAGUUGGACCAAAAAUGGUGACAAAUAUUUUGGAUGGCGAUAUCAAAGUUUGGCUGGAACAGGUCAAAUUGUCUAUGGUAUAUGUGAGAAAAAACAUUCCAUGGUACAUGGUCAAAUAAAACAAACUAUAGAAUUACAGAAUCAAAGUAUCAUAUCUGAAACAAGAUUAUCAUCAUCAUCAUCAUCAUCAUCAACGCUAUCAUCUAUAGAAAAAGAAAAUGUACCUACUGAAUUUUGGUUAUUUAGUCCAUUGUAUAAAACAGAUACCAUAUUAAAUGUUCAAUUAGAGAUUACAUAUCAAAUGAAAAGUUGUUUACAACUUGGUUAUUUACAUCAAUCAAUUGAAUGUAAAGAACAUUUAGAUAUAUUAGCUUAUCAUAGUGAUAUACAUUUAUCACCUAUGGUACCAAAGGAUUUUACAGAAUUGCAUAGAUUAACAUUUCAAGAUGGUGAAUCAUUUACAAAUGAACUCAUAACAAGUAGUUCAUUAAAACGUGUCACAAUACAAAUCCGUCCAAAAAUGAAAUGGUUACAAAUAGCAUUUCGUGAUAAUGGUUCAUGUGUUCUAAUUGAUCGUUUAAUUAUUUAUCAUUUAUCUUGUCCAGCAACUAAAUUUCGUCUAAUUAAUUUACCUGAAACUGAAGCUGGACAUAAUAAAGAAGUGAGACAAAUUCAUGUACAAUGUAUUCCAGGAUCAAUUUUUGUUAAUCAAUAUUCUACAUUUACAAAAUCAAAUGAUCAUUCUAUUUAUAAUAAUAAAUUAUUUAAUAAUAUAAAUGAUGAAAAUAAUGGUUUAGCAUUUUGUAUGGCUGAUGGUACAUGGCAUUUACAAACAAAUCAUGGAUGUGUAUGUGAUGCAGGCUAUGAAUUGAUUGAACAUACAGAAACAUGUCAAGCUUGUCCAAGAGGAAUGUUUAAAUCAUCACCUGGUUUACAACCUUGCAGUUUAUGUCCAUUGAAUUCAAUUGCACCACAUGCUGGUUUUCAUAUAUGUCAUUGUUUAUCAGGAUAUUUUCGUAUUGCUCCAAAUUUAUCUGCUGAACACAGUUGUUUAGGCCCACCUUCAGCUCCAAGAAAUUUAAAUGCUAUACACAUUAAUGGAACAUCAGUGAUUUUAUCCUGGGAUCCACCAAUUCGUUCAGGUGGUUUUCAUGAAACUUUAUAUCAUGUUCAAUGUCAAGGAUGUCAAAUAGAUAUAGUUAAAUAUCAACCUGGAAAUCAUCUAAACGAGACUAAAGUUACAAUAACAGGACUAAAUCCACAGACACGUUAUCAGUUCGAUGUUUAUGCACACAAUGCUGUAUCAACUAAAACAGGUACUAUGUGGAUUAAUGUAGCUAGUGUAAUGGUUACAACAGGGUCAGCACCAACUUAUCUUAUUUCUAAUAUUCAAACAAAUUGGCUGAAUAUAAGUACAGUUCAUAUAAAAUGGGAUGUUUAUCAAGUUAUAACGUCACCAUCAUCAUCAUUAUCAUCAUCAUCGUCACCGCCAUCUCCAACUCCAUCGACAAUCAUUUCAUCGAAUAUAACUAAUCAAUUAGAUACAAUUAAAAUCGAUAAAUUAUCAACUAAUUUAAUAUCAAAUAUGAAAUUUCAAUUAUGUUUAUUUGAUCAAACAAAUCAAAAUUUACAAAUAAAUAAUUUCACUUAUUUUACUAAAAUCAAUAAAAAUAAUAAAAAUCAUAGAAUACAACAAACUGAUCAUACACAAGGUACUGGACUUAUUGGACAUCCAGAUGCUGUACAUUAUACUAGUCAAUCAGAAAUUAUAUUAUAUAAUUUAUAUGCAAAAUCAGGAUUUUUAAUACAAAUUCGAGCUCAAAAUCCUAACGCUUACUGUCCGUUUAGUUCUCCAAUCCUUUUAUUAUCACCAAAAUUUAAUAUAACUGCUAACUCAUUAGAAUUAUUUAACAAUCAUCAAAUGAAUAAGAUUAUCAAUGAAAGUAAUUACAAUCAAUUUGAUCCUAUUAUACCUAUAUCUACAUCAACAUUACAUUCAAUACAUAAUCAAAUAUCUACUCAUUCAUCUUCUUUUAUAAAUGAUCAAUCAUUUGAAAAUUAUACAAUAGAUAAGUUAACUAAUCGAAGUUUAUCAUUAUUAACAAUAACAUCAAAUCCAUCUGUAUUAACUAUUGGACUAUUUCUCUCCGUUGCUUUAACUACAGUGAUCAGUAUUAUUUUAUUGAUAACGUUAAUUGUGUUAUGUAUUUAUCGUAAUGAAAGGCGUCGUAAAUUUAUUCAAAAGAAAAUCAGUCAAUUAUGGUCCAAUGUAAAUCAAUAUUUUCUAUCCAAAUUAUUUAAAACUGAAAAGAAUAAAAAUAAUAUGAAAUCUGUCCUACUUAUUGACAAUAUACCAUUGAAUAUAAUUCCAUAUCAUCAAAUUAAAAUUAUUAGUCGAUUAGGCGAAAAUAGAUGUGGUUCAACUUAUUUGGCUAAAUUAUUCAAUUAUCAUUUAUCAACACCAAUGAUAAUCUCAAGUCUAUUCAAUUCUCACCAUUCUGAUCAAAUAUAUUCAUUAAAGAACUUUUAUCAAAUUGAUAAUUCUAAUAAAAUUAAUAAUAAAAUCAAUAAUAAUUUGAUCUCAAAUAUUAUAGAAAAUCAAUGGGAUCAAACUAUUCAAACAUUUCAUAAUGAUAAUAAUAAUAAUAAUAAUAAUAAUUUAUUAAUGAUGAAUAAUUUAACUGAAUUACAUCACAACAAACUGAUUACAUCAUUCACCAAUUCUAGUCUAAAUAAUACUAAUUCUAUUUAUAUCUUUAUACAAGAUUUAUCACAUUUGAAUCUAUUAUGUAAUCAACAAUUUCAUCAUUAUAAGAAUUCAUUAUAUAAAGUACCAUUGAAUUGUAUAUGGAAUAAUCCAAGAAGUAAAUUAUCAUCAUGGGCAUCAUCAUCAUCAGCAGCAGCAGCAUCAUCAUCAUUAUCAUCCAUUAGAUUACGAUCUAAAAUUAAAAAAUUCUUAUUAUUCAAUGAAAAUUUAAUGAAAUUUAUUAUCAAUUAUGCACAGUUUAAUCAUGUGAAUAUUGUCAAGUUUUAUGGUUUAAGUAUAAUAGAUAGAUCAAUGAAAUAUUCUUCAUAUUCAAUAAUUACAGAGUUCUGUAUCAAUGGAUCACUGGAUAUGUAUUUGAAAAAUCUUUUACAAGGAACUCAAUCAAUUACAUUAGACAAUAAUAAUCAUACCGUUUCAUUCAAUUUAUAUCAAGCCAUCAAAAUGCUUUUACAAAUAUUAUCUGGAUUAGAAUAUCUUACAUUGAAUUCAUUUACAAUUGAAAAUUUUACAAGUAAAUCUGUAUUCCUGGAUGAUUGUUUUAAUUGUAAAUUAAAAAUUCAAUUUAAUUCAUUAGUAUGCUCUAAUAAACAAUAUACUACAACUGACAAUACCAAAUUCAAUGAUGGUUUCUUUCAACCGUUAUUACUAAAUAAUGAAUUUACUAAUGAUUGUAUUCAUUCAACUAUCAGUGAAGAUCCUAAGAGAUUAGAUAAAUGCAAUAUUCAUCAAUCAUUAAUAAUGAAUCAUUCAUAUAAUAUACAAAAAUCAUUCAAUUGUAUUAAUAAUAAUCUUUAUGAAAUUUAUCAAAUAAUCAUUAACAAUACAAAAUCUUUAAUUGAAAAUACUACUGCUACUACUACUACUACUACUACUACCAAUACUACUAAUACUACUACUAAGAAUAAUAAUUCAUAUUACAAAUGUGUAGAUAAUGAAAUAGAAAGUGUAAAUCAAUCAACAAGUAUUAUACUAUCAACAUCUACACUACUAACAACUAAUUGUUAUUUAAGUAAUAGAUUAUCAUUUAGUCAAUUAAUCAUUGAAUUAAUGAUAGCUUAUUUAAUGUUAGAAAAUAAACACAAAUUUAUUGAUAUGAUUCAAAUAAUCAAUAAAAAUCAUGAUCAUAAUCAAUAUUAUGAUAAUCAUUGUUAUCAAAAUAUUAAUUUAAACAAUAUAUCAACAGAUGAAUUGUCUAGUUUGAAUACAUCAUAUCCAUAUCCAACUUCUAUUGUACAUAAUCCUUUGCAACAACAACAAGAACAACAGCAGCAGCAACCACUACCACCACCACUACAACAACAGCAGCGGCAACCACCACCACCACCACCACAACAACAACAACCCUCACAUACUAUUGAUGGUAAAUAUAACUAUCAAACAUUACCAAUAUUUAAACAAUCAUCUAAUAAUUCCAAUAAUAGUCUAAUAAAUAAUCAUUAUAAUUAUAAUGAUAGUACAAUUCAAACGAUCAAUUACAAUCCAAUGACACAAUCAAUUACACAUUCCAAUAAUGAAUGUUUACAAUUAUUAGAUCAACUUAUUAAUCAACCAAUGAAUUACUCAAAACAUUUAUAUAUUCAUUAUAUAUGUCAAUUUAUACGUUAUUGGUUACCAUUAUGUAAAUUAGAUGAAUUAAUUAUUCAUUGUAGAUAUUCUUUAGUAUCAUUUAAUGAUAUAAGAAAUCAAUUAAAAUCUAUCAUUAAAUUAAUGAAAUUAACAUCUAUGACAUGUCAAUUCAAUAAAUCGAUUAUUGAUGAAACAUUGAUUGAUUUAAAUGAAAACCAAGAUGUAACAAAACUAACUCAGUCUUAAAUGAUGUCAUCAUUUACCAUUGGGAACAAUACACAAAAUUUCUGAAUUACACUUGAUACAAUAAAAGAUUCUUUGUAUGUACCAUUUAGUUCAUCAAUUAAAUUGUAUAAAUAUGAUAAAUAAGAAAGCUGAACAUUAAUUACAUCAUAAAAUAUUGUACAGCGAAAAAUGGGAAAAUAAAAAAAAAUACAAAAAAAGAGAACAAACAAUUUUACCAUCCAAUCGAUAUAAAGUGUAAAAAAAAUCAAUGAUCAUUACUUUUGAUUAAUUUUUUUGUACAAAUACACAUUUUCUUCUCGAAAA